UCGAGAACUGACCGGCUGAAUAGAAUUUCGACAAUGAGUGCAAGCGAAUCCGUGAGUCAACUUUUUUCGGAAUCUGUUGAUAAUGACAAGAUUUUUACGAUUGGAGUCACUGUGGACACAGGUUUCGAAUGGGAAGCAAUUGACGAAUGCAAAGAGAAAUUGGGCAAAGAUGUUCGGGUGGUUAAGCAACGCGGAAGAAUCUAUUUUAAUAUUGAUUGGGAUGAAUUUCCAAAAGUUCAAGAAAUGAGAUCGAUAGAUCAUAUAUUCAUAGUAGCUGACAACGGAAGUUUAUCGUUUACUAAUGACAAAGAACCAGACUUAUUGCAAAUAAGAAGUUAUAACUUGGACAUACUUUCGAACUCAGAUAAAACAUGGAAGAAAACUCUUGAAGCAUGGAAAUGCGCAACAAGUUUCAAGGGAAAACUUUAUCCAACGAAUGAAGAAUACGUUGAAGCUAAAAAGGAAGAUCUUGUAGCCAAAACAGAGAUGUUAGAAAUGCGUAAUAAAGAAAAAGGGAAAAAAGAUCCCUAUGAUUGGAAUGUAUCAGAGAUGAAAGAAGAAAAAGGGAAAAAAAGGGGUCAAGAUCCUUCAAAAUCCCAAGAAAACGAUAUACUCAAAUAUAGAGUAACAUGUGAGAGGAGUGGUAAACAUGCAAUUGAAUCUAAGGAUGUUGCUAGAGUUAUCGGAGAGAUAUUACAGGACAAGUUUCAUUGGUUGGUUGACUUGUCCAUGUAUCAUCUAGAAAUUGUCUGCAAAUUAAUAGAUGAUCAAUUAAUAACGCAUUUACGAGUAACGCACAAAUCCAAGCAUCACAGAAAUAUCAUAAAUUUUGGACCAACUACUCUUAGAUCGACUAUAUGUUACAAUUUGCUAAAAUUGGCAAAUCCCAAGCUAGGAGAUAUAAUAGUAGAUCCUAUGUGUGGGGGAGGUUCUAUUCCUAUAGAGGCAGCACUAGCUUUUCCACAUUUAUAUGUCUUAUGUGGUGACAACGAUUCCAGAGCUACAGAUAGAACAAAGUCAAAUAUGGAUGCUUCAGCAGUUACAUGUAAAAUAGAUCUCGUACAGUGGACUGCUUCAAAACUGCCAUUCAAAGAUUCUUUUGUCGAUAUCAUUGUUACUGAUAUGCCUUUUGGUAAAAGAAGUGGGAAUAAGUCAUACAACAAAAUUUUUUACAAAAAAUUUUUGCUAGAAUUUGGUCGCAUAGUAAAAUCAAACGGACGAAUAAUUCUACUCACUUACGAUAGAAAUAACUUUAAAGACGCUCUGAUGGCAGCUGGUGAUUUAUUCUGGGUGAUAAAAAUAAUUGGUGUAAACGUGGGAGGCCUUCCAGCUGCAGUUUAUGUUUUGAACCGCACUCAAGUAGCCCUUGAUUCUUUCAAACCGCGUGUGGCCAAACAGUAUAGUUAUCCGAGAGACAAUAAAAACUCGUCUCAUUCGACUAAAAAUCCUUUGUCCAAUUAG